CUGGCAGCCACUGGAAGUCUGAGGCUAAAUCGGCCAUGAUGUUGGGAAGAGAGGACAAGGGUGCCGGGCCGGCGACCCCGUGCUCAUCAUCAAGUUAUCCCUCCACUGGCAUCUUCAUUCGGCUCAUUCGCGAUAUGUGUCUUGCAGUGACACUAAAGUCGUUUCGAAUGUAAUUGGGACAAGUCAGAAAUAUGUACUAAAUCUUCUUAUCGGGUACGUUUUCUUUCGCGGACCAGGGCUUCCCAUCCUGCUUGACCGACGGAUUGAAUGAGACACGAACUCGUUCGUGACAGGCCUUAUUGUCUCCAUCAUGAGCUCCAUCCUACCCACCCUCCCAAAACUCGGCGUCAAAAGCUUUCCUCCUGAUCUAGAUGUAAAGAGCGUUGCAUACGAUUGGUUCGCGUCGUUCUCGCAACACAUGGAGGCCGGAGAUGUCGGUCGAGUGUUGGGUCUGCUCACGGACGAUGCGUACUGGAGAGACCUUCUCGCUCUUACCUGGGAUUUUCGCACUUUCUCCGGUGCUCCCAAGAUUAGACAAUUUCUCACCGAUAGACUACAACAGUCUAAACUCAAGCUCUUCAAAAUCAGAGACGAGUAUCUCAGUCUCCAACGUCCCUACCCUGACGUUGCAUGGAUCCAGUUCUUAUUUGACUUCGAGGUUGACGAUGCAGGCAAUGCAUCGGGUGUCGUUCGUUUGGUUCCUCAGGCCAAUGGAAGCUGGAAGGGCCACUGUAUCCUGACCAACCUUGAAAGUCUGAAAGGAUUCCCAGAAAAGACAGGCCUUCUGCGCAAUCCAGACCCGAACCAUGAUGUGUGGACAGAGCAGCGACGACGAGAGGCUGCGUUUGAUGACUCAGACCCGAUCGUGUUAAUUGUUGGCGGUGGGCAAAGCGGGUUGGUGACUGCCGUACGAUUGAAGGCCCUGGGAAUUUCCUGCCUGGUAGUUGAGAAACAUCCCCGGGUUGGUGAUAACUGGAGGACGCGUUACGAUGCAUUAUGCUUACAUGACCCGGUUUGGUAUGAUCACCUACCCUUCAUUCCAUUUCCGAGCACUUGGCCCGUAUACACGCCUGCCAAGAAGCUCGCCAACUGGUUAGAAGGCUAUGCCGAUGCUAUGGAGGUCAACAUCUGGACGUCUUCAACGGUAGUCAGCGCGCUUCCGGACGCUGAUAACAAUUGGACCGUAAAAGUUCAACGCAGUAAUGGAGAAGAACGUGUCUUCAAGGUCAAACAUGUCAUUCUGGCUACCGGUUUUGCGGGUGGCGCAGGGAAUGUACCUCGUUAUCCUGGCAUGGAUAAAUUUAGAGGCCAAGUAUUGCACUCUCUCGAGCAUGGAAAGGCUAAGGAUCAUAUUGGCAAGAAAGUCGUUGUAAUUGGAUCAUGUACCUCCGCCCACGAUAUCUGUGUCGACUAUUACAAUCAUGGUGUCGAUGUAACGAUGUUUCAGAGAAGCUCAACUUGUGUAAUGUCCACAAAGCACGGCAUUAAAACAUUGAUGGAGGGACUUUACGAAGAAAAUGGACCCCCUACUGACGUUGCUGAUAUAAUCAAUGCGUCGUUCCCCAACCUUCUCAUGGAGGGGAUCGGUUACAGACAAAUGCGCAAAAUAGUAGAACUGGACAAAGAUAUACUUGAAGGCCUCAAGGCACGAGGUUUCAGAACCAAUUUAGGAUACAAAGAUGCAGGUUUUCUUCUCUUGGCAUGGGCCAAAGCCGGAGGCUAUUAUCUAGAUGUCGGCGCCAGCCAGAUGAUCAUUGACGGCAAGAUCAAGCUCAAAAAUGAUAGUCAAAUUGAACAGUUCACUGAGAAUGGACUGCUCUUUGAAGACGGAAGCGAAUUAACGGCGGACGUUGUCCUCUUUGCAACAGGACUAGGUGACACUCGAAACGGAAUUGUGAGCCUCUGCGGAGAUGACGUUGGACAAAGAUGCGGCCUUAUCUGGGGUAUGAACGAAGAAGGGGAAAUCAACGGUAUAUGGCGGGAGCCUGGUAUUCCGCGUUUAUGGCCUGUGAUAGGUAAUCUUGCGAUGUGCCGAUUCUAUUCUAAGCAUUUGGCUAUGCAAAUCAAGGCAAUGGAGGAGGGACUGUUCACAGGAAGAUAUAGUCAAGCAUGAAAUACCUGCUGUAAAAUAUCACAUUACAAGAAACACAUUCAAACUGUUACCAUUCUUAUUAUUUGUUCAC